GCUGCCGCACUCCGCUCUCAACCUCCCACGCCGUCUGACGGGGCUCCGAGGAUGUGUGUGUGCGUCUGUGGAUGUGUGUGAGAGUGUGUGUUGCAGUGUGUGUGUUGCAGUGUGUGUGUGUUUGUGUGUGUGUGUGUGUGAGAGGAGAUUUAAAGGGAGAAAAGACACUGCAGAGGAGGCCAGCAGUGGCUUCAUUUUUAGGGUUUUAAGUGUGUUUCCUCACGGAGAGACAGUUCAGGGAUGAUGAAGAUGAUGAUGAUGAUGAUGAUGAUGGGCUUCCCUCAGCCUCCGCGGGCUCAGGUGAGCCCCGGGCUCCGGACCGAGUGCUAGCCAUGAUUCGACAGUCCGAACCGACGUCCAGCACCCUGCAGCUGGUCGCUAACGACAUGACGGGCAUCAUGGAGAAGCUGGACACCCGCGAGCUCGACCUGGAGGACGGAGAGUACGACACAACAGACACCUGCGACACAGCCGAGCGUUUGCCCUUCACGGUGAUCUACCACACGCUGGGUUUCAAGGAGCCCGAGGCCAAAGUCUUCCUCUCCUCCCCCAUCACGGCCAAGAUCCUGGAGGUGGAGCGCUUCACCAAGAACCAGGACCGCUUCAACGUCACAUCGCAGAGGAGUGUCAACAAGUCGUUGCCGGCGGUGUUUAAGAUCGAGUUGAAACACGGCGAGUUCACGUGGCUGGUGAAGAGGAAGGAGAAACACUUCAUGGAUCUCCACCGAGAGCUGAGGACCUACAAGACCUUCAUGAGGCUGCCGCUGCCGUCACGCAGUCACACGGUGAAGAGGCAGACGGCGACGAGGAGCGAGAUGAUACCGAACCUCCCCAGAGGAGGAAGGGAGGAGCUGGGCAGAGAGGAGCAAGUGUCCAGUCGCAGGAAACAACUGGAAGAUUACUUGAACAACCUGCUGAAGAUGCCGAUGUACAGGAACUACCACGCGACGAUGGAGUUCAUCGAUGUUAGCCAGCUGUCCUUUAUCCACGACCUGGGACCAAAAGGCCUAGAAGGAAUGGUCCUGAAGAGAUCCGGCGGCCAUCGGAUUCCCGGGCUGAACUGCUGUGGUCGCAGCAAAAUGUGCUACCGCUGGUCCAAACGCUGGCUGGUGGUGAAGGACUCGUUCCUGCUGUACAUGAAGCCCGACUCGGGCGCCAUCUCCUUUGUGAUGCUGUUCGACAAAGAGUUCGGCAUCAAGAUGGACUCCAGCGACACGGAGACCAAGCACGGCGUUCGCGUCGACAGCCUGUCCAGAUCCCUGGUGCUGAAGUGCAGCAGCUACAGACACGCCCGCUGGUGGGGUCAGUCCAUCGAGCACUUUGUCCAGAAGCACGGCUCGGCCUUCCUCACCGACCACCGCUUCGGGUCCUUUGCCAGAGAGGAAGUGAACAUCCUCGCCAAAUGGUAACCACGGCAACCAACUGUAUUGAUGGAAAAAUCCUACAUGGAGGACUUAGCGAUGCUCUUUGAAGAAGCCAAAGAAGAAAUAUUCAUGCACGAUUGGUGGUUGAGUCCGGAGAUCUUCCUGAAAAGGCCGGUUGUGGAAGGCAACCGCUGGCGUCUGGACUGCAUCCUGAAACGCAAAGCGCAACAAGGAGUGCGGAUAUUCGUGAUGCUGUACAAGGAGGUGGAGUUGGCGCUGGGCAUCAACUCGGGGUACAGCAAGAGGACGCUGCUGCAGCUGCACCCCAACAUCAAGGUCAUGCGUCACCCGAACCACGUCUCCUCCGCCGUCUACCUGUGGGCGCACCACGAGAAGAUCAUCGUCAUCGACCAAUCGGUGGCCUUCGUUGGCGGGAUCGACCUGGCGUACGGUCGCUGGGACGACAGGGAACACCGGCUGACGGACGUCGGGAGUGUGACACGCGCACAGCUGGAACAGGCUGAAGCGACCUCGUCCAACAUGUCGGCCGCCCCCGCCAACACGGCGGCCCCCGCCAACGGCAGCGGUGGCGUCUCCUCAAGAAACGGGAAAGGCAUUUUCACCGUGACGGACCCGGUGGAGCAGCCCCGGCUGAAAGGAGUGGGGAAGGCGAGGAGGAGCAGGUUCAGCAUCAGGAGACACCUGCAGAAACACGGGCUGGCCCACGCCGACAGCGACAGCGACCUGGAGAGCGAACAGAGAAGCGGCUCUCUGUGCAGUCUGCAGACGGGGGUCGGCGAGUUGUUUGGAAACACGCGGUUCUGGCACGGGAAAGACUACUGCAACUUUGUGUUCAAGGACUGGAUUCAGCUGGACAAACCGUUCGAUGACUUCAUAGACAGACACACAACUCCCAGAAUGCCUUGGCACGACAUCGCCUCCGUGGUUCAUGGGAAAGCAGCUCGAGACGUGGCCAGACACUUCAUCCAGCGCUGGAACUUCACUAAGCUGGUGAAGGCGAAGUACAACUCCCUGUCGUACCCGUACCUGCUGCCCAAGUCUCACACCACGGCUGCAGAGCAGCGCUACCAGGUCCCCAACUGCACCCCCGCCAGAGUGCAGGUCCUCCGCUCGGCCGGUGAUUGGUCGGCGGGCAUCAAGUACCACGAGGAGUCCAUCCACAACGCCUACGUCAGCACCAUCCAGAAGAGCCGGCACUUCAUCUACAUAGAGAAUCAGUUCUUCAUCAGCUGUGCUGACAACAAAACCGUUUUCAACAAGAUAGGAGACGCUAUUGCCGAGCGCAUUAUCAGAGCACAUAGGGAGGGGAAAAGGUACCGAGUCUACGUGGUGACGCCGCUGCUGCCGGGCUUUGAGGGAGACAUCAAAACAGGGGGGGGCAGCGCCCUCCAGGCCAUCAUGCACUUCAACUACAGGACCAUGAACAGAGGAGAUCACUCCAUCAUCUCCCAGCUGCGGAGAGAGAUUUCUGCACCCUGGACUCUGCCUGUCCUGUUGAUGUCUGGCGGGCUAGUGGACCCCAUGGAUCACUUCCCAUCUCGUCCUGGUCUGAGGACCCACGCCGAGCUGGAGGAGCUGUCACCGAGCCAUCUACGUCCACAGAGAUGCUCAUCGCCGCACCACACCGUCAUCAUCGGUUCUGCCAACAUCAACGACCGGAGCAUGCUGGGAAAGAGAGACAGCGAGGUGGCCGUGAUCGUGGAGGACUCGGAGACGGUUACCGCGGUAAUGGACGGCCAGGAGUACCAAGCUGGAAAAUACGCUCUGCAGCUCCGGCUCGAGUGCUUCAAGAUGAUUUAGGGCGCUCACACCGACCCCUCCAUCCGACGUGUCGACCCCGUCAGUGACCGAUUUCUACAAGAGUCUGGAUGGCGCCCACUGCGCCCCACGGCCUCCAUCUAACAGCUAAGGGUGUUCCGUGUUCUUCCGUCCAGCGACGUGCGAAACAUCCUGGAGCUGGAGGGCUACCUGGCCAAGCCGGGCCUGGACCGGGAGGACCCGGCCAAGGCUCAGGAAGAGCUGAAGAAGAUCCGCGGCUUCGUGGUCCAGUUCCCUCUCCAGUUCCUGUGCGAGCAGAACCUGCUCCCCCCCAUCGGCUCCAAGGAGGCCAUGGUGCCCAUGGAGACCUGGACCUGAAGCAGACCGACCCACCUGUGUGUUCAUGUGUUCACGCGCUGCUUAUGGAGGACUGGCAGGCUGAUUCUGUCCCUUCUGGUGCCAGACUGGAGCUCAUAUUGGCUGAAAAUAGCUAAUCCGGUUCAAGGUUUUUAUUUAUUUACUCCUUUUAAAAGUUUUUUUUAUAGUUACGACAACAACUUACGAGCCUCCCAGCCAAAGGGUUUUUUCUGAAUCUCUGCACUACAGUGGUUCCCAACCCGUGGUCUGCGGACUAACACUGGCCCGUUGCCCAUUUGCUGCUCGAAUGUAAUUUGAAAGCUGAAGAAAAAAGCUGAAUGAUAAUUACAACUGGUUUGUGCAGUUAAUACCUUGAUCUUGGUGCAGUGUGCACCACAGAAACAUCUGUCUGAACUACAACACCUUUAGAGUUUAAAGGAAAGAUCAAGAGGUUUUUUUACUGUAUAACGCUUGGUAAUGAGAUGUCUGACCCUCUUAUACCGAACUGCCCCUGCACGGUUCGGCUCGACUCCCGUUUGGUACCAGUAGUUUUCUCUAUUUCAUGUUUUCACAGCCGAUAUUACCGUAAUUUUCCUUUAAAAUAUUGUUUGGAGUCACAGCUGCUGGUCCCGGAGGAAGAAGAUGGGAUUCAGCUGCCGCCUGAGAGGAAACUCCAAGAGCGUGAAAUGUUCUCAUUAUUU